AUGGUGCUUCUGGGCCAGUUUACUGAUGGGAGGAUGAAUGUGGACACUGCUUUCCUGAGUGCAAUGCCAUCAGCAGCUAUUUUCCAGUUCGUCCUCCUCGCUCAGCAACGCACGUUUGGGUUUGGGGAGGAUAGGGAUGGCGAAACACAAUCAGUCCUUCCGCGUGCUGCUCGUGUGUCACCGCGAGUCGCUCUCAUCGUGAUGGUGGGCGAAUGUGAGCGCACCUCUGCGUCAUGGCAGGCAGCAGCUGGAAUAAAUGCAAGGGGGCUUGCGAACGACCUCUCAGCUGACUUUGCGGGGAGAAUGGUGGUCCUCGACACGAAGGUGAGAGGAGCUGCAUAG